AUGUAUGGUCAAAAUCAGACAAGAAUUGCUGAAGUUCUGCUUCUAGGUUUCCAGAACACUCAUCAUCUGAAAGUUUUGCUCUUCGUUAUCUUUCUUCUGAUCUACAUGGUGACAAUAACGGGGAAUUUUCUGAUUGUAGUAUUGGUGUCCGUUAAUAGCCGACUGCACACUCCUAUGUAUUUCUUCCUCAGCCUUCUGUCUUCUUCUGAAGUCAUUUCCACCACCAACAUUGUGCCCAAAAUGCUUUCCGUCAUCAUGAAAGAUGGUGGCUCAAUGUCUUUUUCUGCUUGUUUGACUCAGUUUUACAUCUUCUCAGCUUCAACCAACUCUGAAUGUUUUCUUCUCACCGUAAUGUCUUUUGACCGAUACUUGGCCAUUUGUAACCCAUUGAGAUACGUCUCCAUCAUGGACUUCAAGCUUCAAUUCAACUUGGCAUUAUGGCCUUGGUUAACCGGCCUCCUGGUAACUUUACUUAUCACCAUUCUGGUUUAUAACUUGCAGUUCUGUGGACCCAAUGUAAUAGAUCACUUCUUCUGUGAUCUGUCCCCCAUAUUACAGCUUUCUUGUUCGGACACGACCACGGUAAAAGCCCAGGCCUUCAUAUUUUCAGUUCCUGUCAUUGUCUUGCCAUUUAUUUUCAUUGUUGCCACCUAUGUCUUCAUAUCUUUUGCCAUCUUGAGGAUAGCAUCACACAACAUGCGUCAGAAAGCCUUCUCCACAUGCAGUUCCCACCUGGCUGUUGUCUGUAUGUAUUAUGGGACUCUAAUGAGUGUUUACCUUUUCCCAUCAACAGGUCAUUCUCCAAGUGUGAGCAAAGUUCUCUCUUUACUAUACGUAAUAGUGACCCCACUUUUUAACCCAAUCAUAUACAGUUUAAGGAAUCGGGAUAUCCUAGUAGCUCUGAGGACCUCAAUAUGUAAGACAACAUAUGACAUAAAUGAAGGUAUACAGUAA